UUAGAAUAUUCUUUGUUCCUCACUCUCACAGACACAGACACAGACACAGACACACACACACACAAACGCAGACACUAUCACACUGCCUUCUCUUCGCUUCUCUUCUCCACUCUGCUCUCUCUAAAGCUCGCAACUUUUAAUGGUCGCUGGCUCUAUCUGCAGAGGUUGAUGUCACCGCCUCUCGAGCAUGACUACAUAGGCCUAUCCGAGCUCCACUCCCCGGCCGCCGUCGCCGUCGCCGUCGGCGCAGCCGAGGAUGGGGCCCUCAACCUGAAGGAGACGGAGCUAAGGCUCGGCCUCCCGGGGUCUGAGUUGCCUGACCGGAAUGACUUGGUGGGCAGCCUCAGCUUGGGCCUCCUCCCCAAGCCCUUGGUAUCCGGCGCAAAGCGAGGGUUCUCCGACGCCAUCGACGGGGCGGGAAAGUGGAGACUCGCCGCCGUUGGAGGUAGAUCUGAGGUGGAUGCUGGUAAAGGUGGCGCCUUGUUCUCCCCCAAAGGGGAGAACUGCGACGGGCAGCUGCCUGCCCUCGGGAAUGCGGGAAAAGGCAAGGACGCGGUGGCGAAGGCGACCGAGCAUGAGAGGAAGGCCGCCGGACAGGUAGGGAUUGCGAAUGGGAAUGAGCGUGGCGUCGCGCCUGCUGCAAAGGCGCAGGUAGUAGGUUGGCCACCAAUUCGUAAUUAUCGUAAGAACAGUAUGGCUACAAAUCCACCAAAGAACAAAGAAGAUGCUGAUGGAAAGCAAGGAUCAGCGUGCCUUUAUGUUAAAGUCAGCAUGGAUGGAGCACCAUACCUUAGGAAAGUUGAUCUGAAGAUGUACAAAAAUUAUAAGGAGUUCUCGUUGGCACUAGAAGAAAUGUUUAGUGGCUUCACCAUUGGCCAGUGUGAUUCUCAUGGAAUACCAGGGCUUUGCGAUGGAUUAGCUGACAGCAAGUUGACUGAUCUUCUGAGUGGAUCGGAAUAUGCACUCACUUAUGAGGACAAAGAUGGUGAUUGGAUGCUUGUCGGGGAUGUGCCAUGGGAGAUGUUCACCGACUCUUGCAGGAGGCUGAGGAUAAUGAAGGGUUCAGAUGCAAUAGGACUUGCUCCAAGGGCCAUGGAGAAAUGCAAGAACCAUAACUAGAUUCCGAUGUUGGAUCCCUAAUGAAAGCAAAUGCGACCAGAUCAUGUUCAGCAAAGCUCUCCUUGAUACUGAAAGGUUUAACAAGGUUCUUGGCAAAUCGUAACAUACCUAUUAAACUAGUUGGUUUGCUACUUCUUUACAUGUACUAAGACUGUUAGAUGAGAUUCUCUAGGGACCUAAGCUUUCUAUGAUGUGAAUUCAGUGUUUGUAUGAGUCGCAACUAUUGUGUCUUUAUGUGUAAACACUUGGCUUGCUGUUUGGAACUGCUAAAAUCAUAUUUUCUGUUUGCAAA